GCCACCUCUCGGAGGUCUGUAAAACUUAUAAACGUAAACAACAGCAAGAAUGGUGUGCGAAAAGUGUCAGAAAAAACUUGGAAAGGUGAUCACACCUGAUCCAUGGAAAGCUGGUGCUUCAAAUGUGACAGAUACUGGUGGCCGCAAAGUGAAUGAAAACAAAUUCCUCACUUCAAAGAAGAACAGAUUUUCUCCGUACCAGGUCAAGUUUGAAAAAUGCCGGAUUUGUAAAACAUCGGUGCAUCAGGUUGGAUCACACUAUUGCCAGGGAUGUGCGUACAAGAAAGGGAUCUGUGCCAUGUGUGGAAAGAAAGUACUUGAAACAAAAUCUUAUCGCCAAAGCUCAGUAUAAACAUAUCGGACAGCUGUUGAAUAAGAUAUAAUACAUGUAAACACUGUGCUGUCUUUGUAACUCAGCACAAUGUUUCGAAAUUGCAUGGCCAGUCACAACAUGUGAAAAUGACAUUAGACUACAUGUAAAACAGUACCGGUAAUGUAAAUUACCACCGUUUCAGUGAGGGAUUUUGACUGGUUUUGGUCCUUAGCACUGUGCUUUGAAUAAUGGAAAAACAAUGUAGAUCUGAUCAUAAAGAGAUCACUCACUCUCUGUUCCCUGAUAAAAUUGAAGAAUGUUGGACAUUUUAUCAUUCUUAUAGUUGAAAGAAUUUUUAGCAAUUCGAGGUAUGCCGACCGGGUGAAUUUCUGCAUACAAGGAACUAAAUACAAAAUCAUGCUUUGUGAGAGGAACAUUCUCCUGGCAGAUUUGAAUACUUGAUGCAUAUCGCAUUAUGAAGUCGGCCAUCCCUUCAGCAUGUAAUGUAAGGGUUAUGUUGACAAUUGUAUAUAGCACAUGAAAUCGGAGCUGCUUCAGUCCAAGCAUACCUGUUUAUGUAAAUUGAUGUCUUGAAAUAAAUUUUAUUCAAAUCAA